AUGGCUGAUAUUCGAAACGGAACUCUCUGCAUCCUCGGUUGUGGAAACCUAGGAAUCGCUAUCCUAGAUGGCCUAAUCAAUGCGCCAGCCGAGAAAGCCAGCGAUAUCCCCUUCACUCGAUACAUCGCCUGCGUGCGCAGUGAAAGCUCCGAGAAGCGACUACUUGAGAGAUUCCCCGACUCACUGGACAAGCUCAGCGUCCGGCGCGGAGAGAACGUCCAAUCCGUCCAAAAUGCCGACGCGGUCAUUCUAGGCGCAGACCCCGCCGACAUUGAGAAAGUGUUGACGCAGCCCGGACUCCGGGAGGCAUUGUCGGACAAGUUGAUCAUCAGCAUUGCAGCGGGGUGGACGAGACAGAAGCUCGAAGCGACAAUUUACGGAAGCGAAACCACGGCCGAGAACACGGCUGGCAGGGCUUGGGUGGUGCGCACACUACCCAAUAUCGCGGCUCAGGUUUCUCAGUCUUUGACGGCCAUUGAGGUUUCGGAACCAGCGUUGCCAGAACGAUACCUUCAAAUCACGACGGCGAUCUUCGAGCAGAUCGGCAAGGCUGUUCACAUUGAUCCCAAAUUGAUGAAUGCUACCACUGCAGUGGGUGGUUCGACGCCUGCUUUCUUCGCGGUGAUUUGCGAUGCACUCAUUGAUGCCGCGGUGGCGGUUGGCGUGCCGCGGGACCUGGCCCAUACGAUGAUUUUCCAGUCCAUGCAGGGAACGGCGACAAUGCUACAGGGUGGUAUGCACCCUGCGGUUCUGAGGGAUCAGGGCACAUCACCGGAAGGAUGUACGAUUGGCGGUUUGAUGGUGAUGGAAGAGGCUGGGGUACGGGGUCAUAUUGGACGGGCGCUUCGGGAGGCCGUCACUUUGGCUCGCUUGAUGGAGACGACGGAGCAUGUUAAUGAUACACGACACUAA